GAUGGAGCAGGUGCUGACAGGAGAGCCCUGCACCUCCAUCAGGAGGAGAAGCAUCAAGACGUACAGACAGAUAGUGGAGGAGAAGGAGCGUCGAGAAGAGGAGCUGCGGGAGGCCUACAGGAGAGCCAGAACCCAAGAGGAGGCGUCGGCCGUCCUCCAGCGUUACGCCCAGCGCUUCUCCAUCAGUGAAGCUGUCCUGGAAAGCUUGCAGCUGCCAAAGCUCUUAGACCGCAGCAUAUCCGCCGACCCUUCCUUCCCCGGCUCUCCAUUUCCUCUCUCCCUCACCGCCUCCCCAACGACCCCAGACCCUUUUGACGAGGACCCGAACGGGCCCUUAAGGUUCCUGCGUCAACAGUCGGCUCCCGCUCCUUCACCGAAGUUCACGUCCACGCUGGAGGCGCGGAUCGAGGAGUUUCCCAAAGACUUCCAGCCCUCGCAGCCACGACCUCAGAUACGAUCCCGCUCGUCUGAACCGCCGUCCUCUCGCACACUGUCACCCAAACCGGUGCCUUUGCUGAUGCCAAAGCCUUAUUUUGAGUCCACCGUCAGAGACGUGAGUGAGACGUUGGGCAACAGGGUGAGUUCCAGCAUGUCGUUCUAUCAGUGUCAGACAGGAUUUGGAAAAUCCUCCCCUGCAGUAAGAAUGAAUGCAUCAGUGUAGCUCUAAGACUUUGGAUUGACUCGUCCAAAUACCAUGUGGGUCAGAUCCUGGUUGGAUGUUUGGUUGUCAUGGUGAGUUGUGACCUGAUUUAAAAGAGUCUAAAAAUAUCCAACAGUUUCUUCUUUAACGCUGUGAUGAGAAAAUGUAUCUUUCAGGAUCCUAGAUAAGUGAUAUCCAAUCUUUGAAAUUUACACUAUGAUGUUAAUGUUUUUAAAUGAUAUUUGUAUUGUCUUUGGUUACGUAUGAUAAUUGAAUCAAAGACACAAAAUGAAGACAUCUUUUUACAAAAUUUAGAAUGGAGAUAAUUUAAGGCAGACAAUGAAAAUACACAGAGAUACACAAGGCAAGAUUGGGCAAAAUGACUGUUGACAAUGUAUUAUUCACCAAAAUAUUACUAAAAGAAUAAAGAA